CAAAUAUGAAAAAGCCCAUCUUUGCAAUGCUUUGUUAACUAGCAUAUAUUUUAUAUCAAUACAUAGGUACUUGAAGCACGGCUUUCACGGAUCGAUAGCAACAGAUGGUAGUGCUUCGCCGUAAGAAGCUGAUCGUACGCUAUUCAGGCAAUUCAGUUUCAUCGUGUACUACUACCUUAACACUGUCAGAGCGGUUGCUCGCCUAUAACAGCGAUUGGACUACAUGUUUUCAUUGUUUGAACAAAACCGAUUUGAACGAAUUGGAUAAUCCAAUGCUAAUCCAUGGUUCGAGAAAACCGAUCGCUAUUUAAUGCCGCUCCUCGUAACUGUUUCUGCACAAGGAUCACUGCUGUGUGGUAGCCUCAUGAUGCAGGAAUCACAUUCAUUCAGUUAAUAAUUGACGAUGGGAGACCUGCUUCAAGAUGAUGUACUAUAAUCACCUUUCGGUGCAUCAGCAAGAUUAACCGUCAAAAAAAAAAAUUGGAGGGAAAAGGAACAGUUAAAUGUUUUGACAAUGAAGGUACCACAUUCUCUUUCCGUAUGGCAAAGGAUUUAAUUUCUCCGUGGAUCAAUAACAGAAAAUAAUGUAGCAUGGCGGCAAUGUUAGCAAAGGACUUUGCGGCGAUAUUUUUCAUCGUUCUUUUUGGAGGAUUAUUCAUUUUUAUUUGUAUCAUUUCCGCAAUUAAAGCAGUCAGAGAUCGGAGAAAGAUCAAGAAAUUCAUAAAGGCCAAAGAGGAAGCAUUGCGGGCCGUCAGACUAAAACGACAAGCCUAUAUUAACAUGGGCCAGAUCGACGAAUCGCCAAAACACGUCGUUUCCGACAAAAAUAAAGAAAACGUGUCCUUCCAAUAUAAAGAAACCGAAUCGCAAAAAAGUAACAACGAAAAGAGUCCUUGUGGUCCUACUUCUAUAAAUAACAGCAGGUCACCGCCAAAGUACGAAAAGACAUCAACAAAUCUUAACAAUGAGGGAAAUUCACCACAAAAUUCCGUAUAUUCAAUCGACACAUCGUUACGUCAUAUUGCUUCCAUGGAAAGUCUUACAGAUGGCGUCAUGAAGUCCUUUGAGGACCGCCACGGACCUACAAUACAAAAAAACAAUAAGAGUUCGGUGUCGGACAAUUUACAACGAUCCCCUCCGCGGAGUGUGUCUAGUUCCUCUCCAGGAAGUGCAAACAUGACGCUACCGGAAGAUUACGUCAACGCGACAAAAACGUUACGUCGUUACUCAUAUCAAGUGGCGUGCAGAGAACCGAAUAUUGAAAAGGCCGCGCCGCAAUUUGCAAAGUCAGACGUCAUUAUAAAAACCUACAGGAACAACAAUGUUGCUUUUGAAAACGUUGCGUAUAAUUGUGAUAGGAAUCCGUGAUUCUAAUUAUUGUUACUUUUUCUACAAAAAUGCACACCUUAAUUAAUUGAAAUGUAGUUUCAUCACAAAUAGACCUGAGGCCAAUUAACAACAACACCAAGGUCUUUUUUCACAAUAUAUUUAUAUGCACCUAUUGUUAUGAAUUCAUUUUCACAUAAUGUAACAGGCAGUAUCCAAGACUGUUAAGUCUGGUUGGAAGGACAGAACAAUGAAAUAUUCACACUGUUAGCUCUAUAACAAGCACCUGUCUACAGCUUCCUUUGCCAUGAAUGUCUAAGUGCUCCGUCUCAUUUAUAACCUUGCCAUAACAAAAUUGUUUUAUACACAUUAUGGUAUAUAUAACAAACAACUUUUUCUAUUAUAAAUUACACAUAAAACU